GCCACGUGGAAUCCAGCAAACGAUAGUUGUACGCACGUCUUCGUUAUUUCAAGUUUUCUCAACUCCGACAUAAAAAUUUCUUAUUUUCCAAAAACAUUUAAAAAAAAAACAGUUUUGUUAAGGAAAUAAUAGCAUUCUAAAUCAAACAGUUUCCAUUCUUAAAAAUACAUUUUGUAACCAAAAAGGAAAAAAGAAAAACAGAGUGAAUAGCUGGAGAGACCUCGGCUUCUCUCUAACCAGUCCUGUAAAGACCCAAAAACCAUUGGGUUUCCUCAUUUUUAGGACACAUCUACACCCGCAAAUCAUUCUUUCUUUCAUUCCCUCCAUCCACAUCUCAAAAUCAUAACAAAGUUUUCUUUCUUUCAUUUUUUUUUACUUUUCUCAAUUUUUUUGUUUUUCCAUUAAUGUCCUCUUCAUUUUUCAGUCUCCAAUUUGUCUGUUUUCUUCUGAACAAAAACCAAACAUAAUCAUCCAGUUUUAUUUCAUUUUCAACAUCUGAAAGAAAACAAAGAGAAAAGAUCCGGCGACCCGAAAUCCAGUGGUAAUAUUUUUGGUCUCGAAGGGUCCGGUUUUUUCUACGUUUUUCUUCACCAUUCUUUGGCUCUUUUUUUCCCUUCAUAAAUAAAUAUAUAUAUAUAUACGGAGCUUUUAUUGCAGAGGAUAUUUUUAUGUAAUAUUAUUUGAUUUUGUGCUAAAAGUUCGGGAUUUUCAGCCAUUAAACUUGAUUUGUUAAUGAGUUUGAGGAGUACCCAGAUUGAGAUAUUGAGGGAGAAAGGAGGGUUAAUUAGGGAAACUCUUGGUUUCCCAGGAAAAUACAGGAUUUCCCAUUUGGUUAAUGAUAAAAAAUUUGCAAAGCGGAGCCUCCAUUAAAGAUUCUCGUAAGAAUUCAGGUUCCCCUGUUUUGAAAACUUCGGUUUAUACCGUUAAAAUAUGGGCUGUAUUUGCUCAAAGGGAGCAUCGGAAAAGGAUGUAGCCGAAGAAUACGAGAAAGGAAAUGAAUUGGCAAAGGCAACUUCGGUUCAACUGGUCGCUCCUCCGUCUCAAAAGAGAGAAAAUUUUUUGGUUGAGGUUAAUGGCGAUGGCUCGGUGCGUCCUUUAUCUCGGGCGACUUCAAGAGCCAACGCCUCUCAGACCUCUGGCUCUAUUCACAGAAAGCCCAAGGAAGACGACAACAGAGUAGUGGUCGUCGAAGGACCCUCGAUUGAUCAUCACCAGAGAUUGGCCACCAUGGAGUUGAGCUCCAGUAAAUCAAAACCACAGAUGACUAGGAUAGUUAGUGUCGUUAAUGGAAACAGCAAUGGUAGUGGAGGAAGGGACCCGAAUGAAGAGGCGGGUUGGCCGUCGUGGUUGACCUCCGUUGCCGGAGACGCCAUCAAAGGGUGGGCCCCUCGUAAGGCAGAGUCAUUUGCGAAGUUAGACAAAAUUGGACAAGGAACAUACAGCAGUGUAUAUAAGGCUCGAGACCUUGAAACUGGUAAAAUUGUUGCACUAAAGAAAGUUCGAUUUGUUAAUAUGGAUCCAGAAAGCGUGCGUUUUAUGGCAAGAGAAAUCCAUAUCUUGCGUAGACUUGACCAUCCAAAUGUUAUGAAGCUGGAGGGUUUAGUUACUUCCAGAAUGUCACGCAGCUUAUACCUUGUUUUUGAGUACAUGGACCAUGAUCUUGCUGGGAUUGCAGCAACCCCAGGCAUCAAGUUCACUGAAUCUCAGAUAAAAUGCUACAUGCAACAAUUGCUUCGUGGACUUGAGCACUGUCAUAGUCGUGGUGUUCUGCACCGUGACAUUAAAGGAUCAAAUAUUUUGAUUGACAACAAUGGAGUUCUCAAGAUUGGAGACUUUGGUCUGGCGACCUUUUACGACCAGAAUCAGCCAAUGACUAGUCGUGUGGUGACUCUGUGGUAUAGACCACCUGAGCUUCUGCUUGGUUCCACAGAGUACGGACCUGCAAUUGAUUUGUGGAGCGUUGGUUGUAUUCUUGCAGAAAUGUAUGCAGGGAAACCAAUUAUGCCUGGCAGAACAGAGGUAGAACAAAUGCAUAAGAUUUUCAAACUUUGUGGUUCACCAUCAGAAGACUUCUGGCAGAAAACAAGGUUACCACAUGCAACUAGCUUCAAGCCCCAACAACCGUACAAGCGACGUCUUCCAGAAACAUUCAAAGACUUCCCUUCUUUUGCCAUGGCUCUUGUUGAUAAACUCCUCGCAAUCGAACCAAAAGAUCGUGGAUCGGCAGCAACUGCACUUGCAAGUGAUUUCUUCACAACAGAGCCCCUCCCUUGUGAUCCAUCUAGUUUACCCAAGUAUCCUCCGAGCAAGGAGAUUGAUGCCAAGCUUCGCAAUGAGGAAGCAAGAAGGCGCAGAGCAGAUACUGUAAAAGGACGUGGUCCUGAAUCUGUUAGAAGGGGUUCAAGAGACGCCAACCAAUUGCCAACACCAGAAUUCGAGGACGACGAAGACACUUCUAUGCAGAAACAUUCGAACGCAAAAACCUCCAGUCAUAAGUACAGCAGCCCCCCGGAGGAUGGCGGAUCAGGUUUUCGAAUGGAACCUCCUAGAGGAGAAAGACAGAAUGGAUAUGCUCACUCUAGUUCUAUGGUCCAUCCUAGUGCUGCAGUAGGAUCUUCGCGGAGUAAGACAGUAGAUAAUUCUACGAGGAAUAAAUUAAGAGCACAAAGAUUUCAAAAGUAUCUGGCACCAGCUGAAUCAUCUAUGAUCUCUUCUGCUAAAAGGAAUGAAACUAUGCAUGCAAAAGAAUCUGAAAUGAAGAAGAGCAGAAUCCAUUACUCUGGACCCUUGGUGCCUCCAGGAGGGAAUUUAGAAGACGUACUUAAAGAGCACGAGAGACAAAUUCAACAGGCAGUACGUAAAGCUCGUCUUGACAAGGCUAGAACCAAUAAAGGCUACGACAAUUACAGUUGAAGAGUUAUUUUGAUUAACAACACUCCAAAUAAUGGUGCUGCCAAUUAAGGAACCAGCGAUCGUUAUUUAACCAGACGAAGGGCGGCAGCCGGCACACCCUGCAAUUAAUUUGGUACGAGUCUCACCACUCCAGUAGACCAAGAAGAGAUAUUACCUCGCAGAUCUGACCAAGAUUGAACUGGUUAUGUAUAUUCACAAUGAAACCAGUGGUGCUGUGAUGGAAACUAUGUUGUAAUAAUUUUUUCUUCAGGUGAAACCACUCCAAAGAUUAUAAUUGUCAAGUGGGUAUUUUAAUUGUUUGGUAUAGCUUGAGAUAUUCGCUUUGUAUAGUGUUAAAAAAGGCUGUUUUAUAUACACAUUGUAAAUUAUCCAUUGGCUUU